GUUCGCGUUGGUUAAGCAAAAUGGCGGACGAAGAGGCAGUCCUGGUGGACGGGAAGCCAGUCGACGAACUAAAAGUAAUCGAUCUGAAGAGAGAAUGCGACAAAAGAGGACUAUCAAAGUUAGGAAGCAAAACUGCAUUGGCUGACAGAUUAAAAGCUCAACUCCUACUAGAAAAGUUGCAGACUCAAGCAAAGGUUUCUCCCAGGAGCGAUGAUGAGGCACAUGUUCCAAAUCAAGCUCUUCAAAAUGAUGAAAUUGCUGGCCAGAACGACUUCAUCAAACAAUACUUAGCCCGUCAACAAAAGUCACUGCAGAUGCAAAUGGAAGUGAAGAAGAAAAUAGAGGAAGAAAAGAAACACCGUGAAGAAAGUACAACAGCUGACGAAUCUUCAGCAGACGAAACCCAUUUGGCAGGUAAACCGGAAGUAAUCUCUCCGGAUGUGACGUCGAAAGAGGUCAAGGCCGUUGGGAACGCACCUGCCGCGUCUGAGACAGCCAUGGGCAGAAAGCGGAGUUUAUCAAAAUCUUCAGACAAAAAUGAAAAGGCACUUAAGGUACAGAAAGAUGCAGAUUCCAAUGGAAAGAAUGCUGACAUGAAAAAGGCGAGAAAAUCUCGAUCGAGGUCCAGGUCAGGAUCUGAAGAAAGAUCAAGAUCGCGAUCCAGAUCGUUAUCUUCUAGUCCUCCUAGAAAACGUGGAGGUCGUAGACGUCAAACAAAGAAGGCAGACUCACCUCCUUCCAAGUCCCUAACCAGAUCGUCCCUACGCCGUGCUCACAAGAAAUCUCCCACCCCAUCGCCAUCAGCAUCAUCAGCUUCAGAUGAGUCCUCACCAGAAGAAACUCCAGUCAAAAGCAGCAGAGGCAAAGGUCGGGGAAGGGGAAGAGGUAAAGGUCGUACAAGCAGGAGAGGAAGGCCAAGGACAAUCUCAGGCUCCAGGUCUCCAUCUCCUUCACCUUCAAAGGAGAAAGUUGAAGUGAUAGCUGAAAAAGAAACACCCCCUGAGCCAGAAACUAAAAGACCUCGUAGAGGAAGUAGUCGCAAGGCCGCAGUGGCAGCGGCUGUAGCUGUUGCAGCAAUAACAGUUGAGGAACCAACCAGAGAAGAGCCCCAACUUCCCAUUGAGAAGCUUGACAAACCAGCUCACAAAACAAAAGAAGAUCCUCGGGAAAAGACCCCAGACAAGAAAACUGCAAAAGACAAAACAGAUGCUGAAAUUGUGAAAACUGCGAAAGACCAAAAAGAUGCAGAGAUUGUGGAGUCCAAAGGAGAGAAAAAAUCUGAUCCGGUGGAAGAAAAGAGACCUAUGUCCCGAAAGGACUAUAUCAAACGCUCCAUUGCUGAACCUGCCUCAGAGCCAGUGAAAGUGAGUGUUACUGCCGAGUUGAAACCUGAGCCUAAGCCUGAGCCUAAGGCUGUGCCCCAGGAACAGAAGAAGACCGAAGAUAAGCCUCCAGCACCCUCGACGCCAAACAAGACGCCAAACAAGACAUCUGUAGAUGUAAAAGACAGUUCAGCAGAUGAUAAAAGUAGGGAUCGUGAGGAGGAGAAAUCGAAAGAGGAUCCUGCUGAGAAAGAAGUACCACAAAAGCGGGGCAGAAGAUGGGGGCGCAGGUCUUCCCAAGAAUCUUCAAAGCCAGAAGUGAUUGAAUCCCCUAAAGCACCAGAGCCAAAAUCUCAUACAGAAAAAGAUAAGCAGCCUGAAAAAGAAGCCAGCUCUAAAUCCAGUGUCGGGCAUAGCUCAAAGCAAGGUGAACCGGAAACUAAGGCCCAAGAAAAACCAAGUGAUGAUAAUGAAAAAACAGGAAGGAAAAGUCGAUGGGGGCGACAGAAAGAUUCUCUGCCAAAGCCUGAUGUGACAGAGACUCCAAAAUCUGAACAGUCACAACUCAAAGCAGGAAGUGAUGAAAGGACUGACUUGAGAAGCAAGGAUGCAAGUUCCAAGUCUGAGAAAGAUUCCAUUUCUAAAUUGGAGGAAAAGUCUGGUUCUAAGUUGGAGAAAGAGCCUAGCUCCAAAUCAGAGAAAGGACCUAGUUCCAUAUUGGAGAAAGAGCACAGUUCUAAAUUAGGUAAAGAUCCCGGGUCUAAAUCAGAAAAAGAACUCUGUUCUAAAUCAGAGAAAGAGACCAGUUCUAAAUCAGAGAAAGAGACCAGUUCUAAAUCAGAGAAAGAACUAAGUUCUAAAUCAGAGAAAGAUCCUACUUCUAAAUCAGAGAAAGAGACGAGUUCUAAAUCGGGGAAAGAGACGAGUUCUAAAUCAGAGAAAGAUCCCACUUCUAAAUCGGAGAAGGAGACGAGUUCUAAAUCAGAGAAAGAACUCAGUUCUAAAUCAGGGAAAGAGCCUAGUUCUAAAUCGGAGAAAGAUCCCUCUUCUAAAUCGGAGAAAGAACUCAGUUCUAAAUCAGAGAAAGAGCCUAGUUCUAAAUCAGGAAAAGAGCCUAGUUCUAAAUCGGAGAAAGAUCCCUCUUCUAAAUCGGAGAAAGAACUCAGUUCUAAAUCAGAGAAAGAGCCUAGUUCUAAAUCAGGGAAAGAGCCUAGUUCUAAAUCGGAGAAAGAUCCCUCUUCUAAAUCGGAGAAAGAACUCAGUUCUAAAUCAGAGAAAGAGACCAGUUCUAAAUCAGGGAAAGAGACCAGUUCUAAAUCGGAGAAAGAACUCAGUUCUAAAUCAGAGAAAGAGCCCACUUCUAAAUCAGAGAAAGAGCCUAUUUCUAAAUCAGAGAAAAAUUCCAAAUCUCAGCAGGAAUCUAGACCCAAUGUUGAGAAAGAGUCCAGUUCAAAACCUGAAAAAGAGCCAAGCUCCAAACCUGAAAAAGAGCCUUGUUCUAAACCCGAGAAAGAAACUAGUUCUAAAUCGGAGGAGCCUAGUCCUAAAUCAGAGAAAGAGAUUAGUUCUAUAUCAGAAACAGAGCAUAUUUCUAAAUCAGGGAAAAAUUCAGGUUCUAAAUUGAAAGAACACCCUAGCUCCAAACUGGAGAAAGAACAUAGUUCUAAGCUUGAGCAAGAGCAUAUGUCUAAGCAAGAGGCAGAAUCUCAAGUUCAGGAAAAGCUGAGCAAAGACAGUGACAAGCCAGAAAGGAGAAACCGCUGGGGACGUAAAUCUUCCAAAGACACAGAUUCUGUGGAAGCUGAGGCUACCUCAAAACCAGGGACCACUGCAGAUAGUAAGACAGAUGAACAUGCAAAAGGUGACAAAGGCCUUGAGAAAUCUUCAAGAACCACUGAGUCUGGUAUUAAGGUAUCUGAGAAAGAAAAGGCCGUGGAAGAAGUUGAGAAAACUUCAAAGAGAAAUCGUUGGGGGGCACAAAAUCCGGCCGGUGACACUCCUUCAAAACCAAAAUCAUCAGAAAGUGAUGCACCAUCUGAAUCUCAAAAAUCAGAAGUAAAGAAGACUGUUUCUGGUGCAGAACCUCCAAAAUCAGAUUCAGGGCAGAAAGAGAGUACUGUUAAACCGCCAACCCCAGAAGCAAAGGACUUGCCAGAAAGCAAGAGUGCGAAGAGUGAGGAAAUGUCGUUAAGUAGACGUUUUGGCUCCAGAAAACCAUCAGAUGAUUCCAAAUCUCAGGAGAGUAAAACCAGCGAACAAGAGGACAUGGAAAAACCCGCAACUAAAACUAGACGAUGGGGAUCAAGAUCUUCCAAAGAUUCCAGUUCAAGGUCGGAAGAAACCGUUGCUGAAGCCGAUUCAUCAAAAACUGAAGAGAAAGAACAAGAAGCAGAAAAGAUUAUACCUAAAGCUGUGGAACAGACAAUUCAGGACAAACCAGCAGAUUCAACUUCACCGAAGAGAGCCGACUCCCCAACCAGGAGGGGUCGGAGAUGGGGUGCCAGGAAAACCGAUGCACCAAAAGAUGCAGCCGAGUCCAAGAAGGAAAAGGUGGAAGAACCUGAAGCCACAAGAUCAGAGAAGCCAGAUUCAACAGAAGAUUUGGACAGGAGCCAACCGAAUGUUGUUCCUGAGACUGAAGAAGAGAAAGAAGCUGAAGCAAGGGAAGACAAGCAGACGUCUGUGAAGAAGGCUCCAUUGACUGUACAGAGUAGGAUCAGCAGACGGCAGUCCUCAUCAUCGGAGGAAUCAUCGUCUGAGGAUGAAGAGCAGAAGGAGAGAGAUGGGGAAUCCAGUUCAGCGAAGUCCUCGUCGGAGUCGUCAUCCGAGAGUGAGGAGUCGGAUGAUAAGAAUGAUGAUGAGGAUGAACGUAGUAAAGCCAUGGAUGCUGAGGAGACGGAAGAUUCCGAGAGUAAACGUGAGGCUGACAAGGCAGAGGCGGCGAGGAAGGCAGCAGCCGUGGCAGAAGUGGUGGUGCCCCCUCGACGAAGAAAUCUACUCUCCAGUUCCAAUAAAGGCAAUGAGGACAAGUCGGAGGAGAAGGAGAACAUGGCAGGGGACCGCCCGAUCAAGAAGAGGAAGUGGGGAUCAUCAAGUGCAAAGUACGCCAAGAAGUCAACCAGUGUUGAGAUUUCAACAGAUUCACUCAAGGGUCUGAUUGAUGAUGUGAAGCCGCUGAAUGAGCCAGUGUUGGAGCUGGAGGCCGAGGGGGAGUACGGGUCUGAGCCGGAGGAGGACAAGCGGGACAUCAAGAUCAGGAGGACUGUCGUACAGGUGGUGAAGGAUGAGGAAGGCAAAGGGGAGGACACGCGCCACACUUUGCUGGAAACAGACAACAACAAGACAGAGGAGGAGAAGGAGAAGGUUAAAUCUGAGCCGAAGAUUGUCCGCCGCGUGAACCAAGCCUCUCUCCAGGAACCUGAUGAACCCCAAGCCGCCCGCCGCUCCCCAUCCCCAGCAAGGAACCCAGUCUGCAACAUCAUCCACAUCCGCAACCUCGUGCGCCCCUUCACACUCGGGCAACUCAAAGAACUUCUCAAGAGGACGGGCUGCAUCCUGGAUGGGAAUGGUUUCUGGAUCGACAAGAUCAAGUCCCAUUGUUACGUAACGUAUGAGAAUGAUGAUGAGGCUGUCGCCACCCGCAAGGCGCUCCACGGAACACGAUGGCCAGGCUCCAACCCCAAGGUGCUCCGAGUUGAGUACGCCUCUCAGGACGAGAUUGAGUUUCACCGAGCCCAGGAGGAGAGCCAGAUCCUGUCUGCCAAGCCCAAAAAGGCUGAAAAGGAGAAGAAAGAGAAGGAGAAGAAAGAAGGAACGAGAGAAGUGAGGCGGAAGGAAGAGCCCAAGCCUAUCCGUGAGUGGGACCGGGACAAGGUGAGGGACAGGUCACCACCCGAACGUGAGCGGAGGAAGUCAACCAGGUCUCGAUCUAGGGACAGAGAGAGGAGAAGGAAGGAAGAAGAACGGAUCCGGGAGAGGAAGAAGGGUCCAGAGAAGAAAGUUGAGGAAGAAGCACCUGCCAAAUUGUUGGAUGACCUGUUCCGCAAAACCAAAGCCACACCUUGUAUAUACUGGCUGCCCCUUACAGAAGAACAGAUUGAACUUCGACAACGUGAGAAGAAACAGCGACUAGAUGACAGACUGAAACGCCGCAAGGAGGAAGAUGAACAGGGGCACAGAGCUGGCCGUGACGCGGACUUCAAGCGGAAGGAACCUGUCGAGGUUGGUGGAAGAGAUCGAGAUAUGAACCGGGAUCGAGACAGAAAUAGAGACCGGGAACGGGAACGUAUGAGGCAGCGAGAGCGCCAACCACCCCCAAGGCGAAGUGAUAGCCGCAGCCGGUCCCGGCCAGUCAGGGGCAGGAGUAGGAGCGACAGUGUCGGCAGGAAUAGAAGGCGGCGAUGAUUUUUUUAAAUAUGGCAUAAUGUACAUUUUAUAUUGUCAUCCCUACAAGACGCAUUGUUUUAGUUGGGUUUGUAGCCGUUCACCACACCACAAUCUUGUUUUAUAGUUUUAUUAUUUAAGUCAUGUAAUUAUGUACAGUCAGUCUUCUGUUUUAAAACCCAUGUGAAUAGAGAUGAUUUGCAUUCAUUAUGUGCAGCUAUUUGUGAAAGCUGAUGCAAGAGACACUUUGUAAAUUGCCAAGUUAAUUAACCAUGCCAUCUUGAGAUAUAUGAUACUCGAUGGUUCUAGUCGUGUUGCUGUAAACCGUUGUUGGAACACCUCCUUCAUGCUUGUUAAACACCUCAUUCCAGAGGGUUCCUCUCAUCCUUAUCAUCGUCAUGGAAACGUUUUAGAAACUCAUGAUGGACACCAAGAUGUACAUUUGUAGAAUGAACUGUUUUAAUCAGUUUAUUAUUUAAGAGUAUUUUUUAAAUAUAUUUUCAGAUAGCUAACUGUGCAUUCAUUUAAACUGUUCAUCAAUCUAAUUCAGUUGUGAUCAUAAUAUUCAGAGAAAUCUCGGAUAAUCUGUGCUCAAGGAUCCUGUCCUUCAGACAGUAUUUUGUUUGAUUUCCCCUUUCUUCAUCAGUGUGAGUGUUUCAUGUGAUCUAACACGUCAUCCUGGGCAUUUGUUGAUUUUCUCAUAUUUUAAUACAUGAAGCAUAAGACUGACACUGUUGUCCGAAGGGUGGGCAACCGGAUGCAGGUAUCGUAGUCUGGCAGCAUGGAGAAACAGCUUAUUCUUUCAUCUUCAGUGUCUUUGUGUGUGUGAAUGAAUGACAUCAAACGAGCUGAGAUUCAGGUUUAUUUUGGCUGUAUCAGGAGAACUAAAUUGAUUGAUCUGUGAAAGAUUUUGCUUUUGACUUGCUCCACUUCGAAAGAUUGUAUUUUUGACUUUCUCCACUGUGUGUGUGAGACGUUCCAUAACCUUUAUACACAUGCCGUGGUCCAUAGGCUUUCUCUAUGCUGUCAUAUUGUUGUAUAGUUUUAUGCAAAGCUCUGAAAUAAAAGUAUUGAUUAACA